UAUUCUAUAUAUAGAUUGGGGGAAUUCCCAAAAAAUGGUGCGUGAAACAAAAACGUUAGGACACGGCGAUGCCCCUGUUCCGGAACCUCGGCAAAUGCCGACAGUCAGGAAUAUUGUAGUUUACGAUUCUACUCGCCAGGUGGAGAACUGGGAGUUGGCGUGGGUGGCUCAGCAGGUGUGUGAUACCCCGGACACUCAGCAGUGGCUGUACAGAAUGACGGCUGUCGUCGGGAGUCGGGAUUACCAGGACGUGGAGAAGGAGGUAAAGGAUUGGGAUCCGGUGGAGAAGGUGUACCGCCUGAUGCUGAAGUGGAAAAAAAGGGAACCACAUGGACUGCUACAGCUAAAAACGCUGGCCGAGAAACUACGCUCGAUACAGCACUGGGAGAUAGCGGAACAAUUAGAACCAUAGAAACUCCACUCCAUAUAGCAGGACUUCAUAGAACAGUUAGAACCAUAGACCAUAGGAACUCCACUCCAUACAGCAGGGGGACUUCAUAGAACAGCAAGAACAAUAGCCCUAACUUACCAGCUUGGAAUUAAAGAGUGUCCCCCAACAAUACUGAUCUGUAAUGUACCUGUAGUCAAGCUUGUCAGGAGUUCCUGUUGCUUGGGGGGGGGGGGGGGGUAA